UAUAUCUCCGGGAUCGCCUCAGCCUAUCAGCGUCCAGACCCUGAGGUUCCUGGAACUACAUUUCCCAGAAGGCGUCACGGCAACUCCGCACAAACUUCCGGCCAGGAAGAUGGCGCCUAUCUAGAAUCCUGUGACUGACUGGCUGCGGUACCUAGGCUGCAGAGUGGACCCUGGCUGUGUGACCGCGCGCGAGCUUUGUUUCGCUGUGACCAAACUUUGAUCCGGCUUGCUGCAGCUCUACGUUCGUUCUGCUUGAGGAGCUGGGGUCUGUGGAGUCCCGAGUCGGAGCCACCGCAAGAAACGUGCAUCUAUUGCGCGGUCCAUCGGCGACUUGGAUGGGCGUCUGCCUCCCACAGACCUGACCACCCGAGGCCGCGCCACGCUCUCGUGCACGAUCCAGUCACUCACGCGCUGUAGCCUCGGGCGACAGAAACCCAGACACAAGCUCGCCAAAGCCAGCAAGGCAAGUGGGGCGCUCAGGAAAGGCUUCAGGUGCGGGAGCCACCGAAGGCCUUACUGGGUCAAAUACCCAUCUCUGAGUAUUUCCGGUGACCAGGCAGCUGUGUUUAUUGGCCCAGUGAAGGGCAGAGACAGUGUUUGCCCUGUUACAAGAGGUGGAAAGCUAAGACUGGGGCACAGUUCAUUGGAUGGAGUGCUGCGGCUCAGUGGGUGGGGUGCUUACCCAGCAUGCAUGAGGCCCUGGGAACCACACACACCGGCAGGACCCUGGCUUCCGCUAUCCCCUCUCCAUCCAAGCACUCAGGAGCCAUGGAGGUGGCUGAGGCCAACAGCCCCACCGAGGAGGAGGAGGAAGAAGAGGAGGAGGAAGGGGAGGAGCCAACAGCUGAGCCCAGGCCUCAUACUCGCUCCAACCCUGAGGGGGCCGAGGAUCGGGCUCUGGGAGCCCAGACCAACGUGGGCAGCCGCAGCGAGGGCGAGGGUGAGGCUGCCAGUGCAGAUGAUGGAGCAGCCAGUGUCCCAGGAGCCGGGCCCAAGCCCUGGCAGGUACCAGCACAAGCACCUGAGGUCCAGAUUCGAACACCACGGGUCAACUGUCCAGAGAAGGUGAUCAUCUGUUUGGAUCUUUCAGAGGAGAUGUCUGUGCCAAAACUGGAGUCCUUUAAUGGCUCCAGGACAAACGCCCUGAACGUGUCUCAGAAGAUGGUUGAGAUGUUUGUGCGCACGAAGCACAAGAUUGACAAGAGCCACGAGUUUGCACUGGUCGUGGUGAAUGACGACCCUGCUUGGCUGUCUGGACUGACCUCUGACCCCCGCGAGCUCUGCAGCUGCCUGUACGACCUGGAGACGGCGUCCUGCUCCACGUUCAAUCUAGAAGGUCUCUUCAGUCUCAUCCAGCAGAAAACUGAGCUGCCAGUCACAGAGAAUGUGCAAACCAUCCCGCCCCCCUAUGUCGUGCGCACCAUCCUGGUCUACAGCCGCCCUCCCUGCCAGCCCCAGUUCUCCCUGACUGAGCCCAUGAAGAAGAUGCUCCAAUGUCCCUACUUCUUCUUCGACAUCGUCUGCAUCCACAAUGGCACCGAGGAGAAGGAAGACGAGAGGAGGUGGAAGGAUGUAUUCUCCUUCAUGGGCAGCCUGGACACCAAGGGCACCAGCUACAAGUAUGAGGUGGCACUGGCUGGGCCGGCCCUCGAGCUGCACAACUGCAUGGCCAAGCUGCUGGCCCAUCCACUUCAGAGGCCCUGCCAGACCCAUGCGAGCUAUAGCCUGCUGGAGGAUGAGGAGGCUGGUGAGGGCGAAGCCACCGUGUGACCCGUGGCAGCUCGGUGCACCCACGCCCACUCCUACUGUGUCUGCUGUAAAUUCUUCCUGGGACCAGUUUGUCACCAGAAUAAAAAUCUGAGGCUUCUGA